AUGGCGAGGAACGACGUCCCCAGGACCUCACAGUUUACCAAUCCCCUAUACCCUGCAACUGCUGAACAGAUGCAUUUAAAAGUUCCCGAGCAGUCUGAGGAUUUGUUCAAUGACGAAUCCCCCAUUGAUCGAUAUGGGCCUCAGCUUCGGAAUACAAAACUGGUCGCAAGGCAGUCUUCGAACUAUUCCAGGGAUACAGAGGGGCAUUCCCUGGUUGAGCACGAUGCGUACGCAGAGGAAUACGAGAACGACAAUGACAACAAUGCUGCAGAUGAUUUUCAUCCAUCUACAAGAGUCCAGUGGGCGGUUCCAGCUCCCCUCUGUGUGAAUAGUACUUGGUACGGAACACAACACGGCAACGAUAGCAAGUUGAUACUCCAAGGCUUGAGCGACCCACUUGCUAUUUCUCGUCCGGAACCAACCCUACAGCCGAGGGAAGCAGUUGCAAGCUAUCAGAGGACGCAAUCACCAACACCUCCUGCUAUGCAGGAAGUAUGGCUGGACAGAUCUAGACACUGGACUGGCACAACGUUCUCGAGAUCGCCCACACCGCCCAUCAGACCACAGCGAGAGAGCAUUGUCAGUCCAUCAUUUCGAACGCCAACAAGUCUUCUCAGCCCAUUUAAGACGCCGCCGGGUUAUAUGAAUAGCAGUUCGCAAUUUGGUCAUUAUUCGGUUGAUACAAAGACGCCGUAUCUCAGUCCAAAGGAUUCAUAUGCCCCCAAAAAGCAAUUGCCGAUAAUCAUCCUCUUUGUGUCUCUGACGACAUUCUGCACGGCUUUGGAUCGGAUAAUAAUUAUCACGGCCCUUCCUCGAAUAACAGACCAAUUCAACACCAUUGAAGAUAUACAGUGGUACGGUGCAGCCUAUUUGCUGACAGCUUGCUCGGCACACCUUCUGUAUGGGAAGCUCUAUCGGUCUUAUCCCACCAAAUGGAUAUAUGCAGCUGCACUAAGCAUUUUUGAGCUGGGAUCCCUUAUUUCUGCUGUUGCACCCGUUUCUGCGGUCCUGAUCUUAGGUCGCGCGUUGGCUGGGCUUGGUGCAGCCGGACUUCUGUCAGGCGGAGUAUUGAUUGUAGGUCAGUCGGUACAGUCGAGUCAGAAGCGAAGAUACUUUGCGAUACUUGUUUCUAUGUCCAGUGUUGUGUUGGUUGUAGGGCCUUUAAUUGGCGGUGCCCUUACGGAAUACGCCUCCUGGCGUUGGUGUUUCUACAUAAACCUGCCCUUUGGCGGCCUAUCCUUAACCUUGCUCCUGUUCUCGUAUAACCCUUCUUCGGACAAGUCGCAUCGGAAAGAAUGGAAGGAAGUGAUAUCUUCCAUGGACCUGGAGGGCAUGUUUCUCUUCAUCCCCAGUGUUCUAUGUCUGCUUCUCGCUCUCCAAUAUGGCGGUAUCAAAUAUGCCUGGACCUCUGCCACGGUCGUUGUCCUGUUUGCUGUUUUUGUCGUGACUAUCGUUGGCUUCGGCGUGAUUCAGAACUACAAGAACAAAUUUGCAAGCGUGCCACCUCGGCUCUUUAAGAAUCGAAACGUAUACGGGGGGAUGAUAGCAUCCUUUUGUUUGGGUGCUAGCUUUUCAGUUAUGCUGUACUAUCUGCCGUUGUGGAUUCAAACCAUCAAGAACACUUCGCCCUCGCAGUCAGGUCUUAUGCUUCUACCACUACUACUGAGCAUGGCGAUCACAUCAAUUGUCAGCGGUAAUAUAAUCAACCUCGUCGGCUACUACACGCCUUUCAUUUUGUUUGCCUCUGUGAUCAUGUCUGUUGGUGGUGGCCUGUUCACCACUGUGAACGAAAACACCAGCACCGCAACAUGGAUUGGCUAUCAGAUCCUCUUCGGCAUCGGCGCAGGCAGCGGCAUGCAACAGAGCAUGGUUGCCGUUCAAGCCUCCUUCAAAAGAUCACGAGACGUCGUCACUGGCAUUACGCUUAUGACAUUCGCGCAGAUGCUUGGCGGCGCUGUUGCCAUCGCCAUCGCCCAGAGCGUAUUCGUGAACAAGCUUCAUACCAGCAUCCAAGAAGCGGAUAUUGCGAAUGUUGAUGCCAAACUCAUUGUGCACACGGGUACCACAGAUCUGAAGAGGAUUCUAUCGGGCGGGGAUUUGACGACUGUGUUGCGACUGUAUGGUGCUGCGAUUGAUGGGGUGUUUUUUGUGGCUAUGGGGUUGGCUGCGGUGUCGAUAUUGGGGGGUUUGGCGAUGGAUUGGCAUUCUGUGAAAGGAAAGGGUGCUUGGAACUCUAUAUAUUUAUUUAGAUGA